AUGUCGCAGUACAUGACGGAGCAGCAGCGCGAACCCCUGCAGCACGUCGACCAGGCGGCGUCCGAGCAGGCGGCGCGGAUCACCUGCGCCGUGGACCGCAAUCUCUGCAGGCGCUUGGCUUCCAGCGCCCGCGACCACUACGACCAGCUACUUCGACAUCAAACCGCCAGCAUCGCCGCGACGAGCCUCGCCGCCCCGAACGCGGCGACGACCGCCAACCCCGCCGCGAAGAGCCUCGCCGCGACGGUCGACGCGCAGCUCGCGAACAUCCCGGACAGCUUGGCCACGCGGGUUACAGUUGCCAGUGCCCCGCGGGCGCCGCCUCACGCGCCACUGGCCGAAGCUCUGCGAAACUGCCGCCAACCUCAGCGCGAUCUGCAGCCAGAUCAGGGGGCCGCGCCGCUGCCGAAGCCGCCCCCGUGGCCAUGGGAGAUGAAGAUAUGCCGCCGCCUGGUCAUCCUCCUGCUGGCCCGCCCCCGGGCGCUGCCGACCCCUGGGCCAACGGCAGGUUCGGCUCACAGCUCGCGCGCGACAUCGAGCUGGCACCUACCUGUCCAUCUCGAGAGCUUGACGCCGCAGCCGCCGCACAAACCGCGCCAGCUCCUGGACUCGCCGCACAUCGUCCAGAGCAGCAUCCUACACUUGCUGAGCGAAAUGAGCCGCUUCCUGGAAUUCCCGAAGAUCUUCGCGUCGCCCAUUGUGGAGGACCACGACGAGCCCGCCGGCGCCCGCUGCGGCGUCGCGGAGCUGCCGGCGCCCGCGGGCGAGGGCCCGGAGCAGGAGCAGCAGCCCGCCGCCGCCGAGCACACGGGCACCGGGGCGUCCACGACUGGGCCCCUGCAAGAGCUGUUCCAGCAGCAGAGGCAGCAGCGCCAGCAGGAGGGCGCCUCCGAGGGCGAGCCGGAGGCCGGCGCGACGCAGCAGCAGAUGGACGAGGCGCAGCGGCGGCCGAGGGACCGUUGGCGGCAUGCGGUCGGGUCGGCCGAGAGCUUCGCCGGCAUGAUCGUCAGCGCAAUUGUAGGCACGUCUUGCUGGCCCGACUCCCCGUGCGGAGGGCUGGCCCACCGCGGAGCCUACGGCGGUUGCGGCUGCACCCUUUGGGCUGAGGGGCGCCGCGCCUCGCUCGCCCUCGCCUGCUGCGGGGUCGCCCUGCGCAGGAGGGAGCUGCCAGCGGGUCCUAUCUACGAGGCUCGCCUCACCGACCUGACUCACCGCGCGGAGGGCUACCCUCCCGCGACAGGGGCGGUCAACGUGCCUCCUGCCCCGUCUUCACGCUCGGCGCAGCCCUCCGCAUUCCACCAGCCGCCCGUCCACCCAGCAGGCGCGGCCUGCCUCGACGCCCCGGCCUCCGCCGCUGCUGCCCUGCGCUCUCUCCGCGGCCCCAGCGAGCGGCCAGCGCGCUCCGGGGAGCGGUACCCGAGCCCCCGCGUGGAGGCCGACUGCGCGCGCCGUGCCCUGGCUGGCAUGGUCUCGGCGCACCUGCGCGGCGAAUCCAGCAUCGGCCGCCUCGUCAGCGUGGGGUGGAAGGCUGGAGCCCUGGCGCAGCACAGCGAUGGCAUCUCCUCUCGGUUCGCCUGGCCUUAA